AUGAACAGCUCCGAGGGCCAAGAAGGCCCCACGACGGUGCCCAUCCUGGGCAAGGACAACAUAGUCGUCGAGUACGGCCUGUUCGACAACUACGUGGCGCGCGACCUGCUGGCCAACAUCAAGUCGUCGACCUACGUCCUCAUCACCGACACGAACCUCAGCCCCCUCUACCUCUCCGCCUUCGAGCAGAGCUUCCAGCAGCAUGCCGCCGAGCUGGCGCCCACCGCGCGCCUCCUGACGCGCGUGAUCCCCCCCGGCGAGACGUCCAAGUCGCGGUCGACCAAGGCGGCGGUGGAGGACUGGCUGCUGCGCCAGGGUUGCACCCGCGAUACCGUCAUCAUCGCCUUGGGCGGUGGUGUCAUUGGUGAUAUGAUCGGCUUCGUCGCGGCGACGUACAUGCGUGGUGUGCGCUUCGUUCAGGUCCCGACCACCCUUCUGGCUAUGGUCGACUCGUCCAUCGGCGGCAAGACGGCCAUUGACACCCCCGCGGGCAAGAACCUCGUCGGCGCCUUUUGGCAACCGGAGCGUAUAUACGUCGACCUGCAGUUCCUCGAGACGCUGCCGAAGAGGGAGGUCAUCAACGGCAUGGCCGAGGUUGUCAAGACUGCGGCCAUCUGGGACGAGACCGAGUUUGCGGCCCUCGAGGACAACGCCACGAUCAUUAUGAAGACUAUAAACAAGAAGCCCGUUGAGGGUCAGCGCCGCAUGGCCGACAUUGCGCCCAUCCUGAAGCGGAUAGUUCUGGGAUCUAUCCGCGUCAAGGCGGGUGUCGUCUCCGCGGACGAGAGGGAAGGCGGCCUGCGCAACCUGCUCAACUUCGGUCACUCCAUUGGCCACGCCAUGGAGGCCAUUCUUACCCCCCAGAUCCUCCACGGCGAGUGCGUCGCCAUUGGCAUGGUCAAGGAGGCCGAGCUUGCCCGGUACUUGGGCGUCCUGUUGCCCGGCGCCGUCGCUCGCCUGACCAAGUGCAUUGCGAGCUACGAUCUCCCUACCUCGCUCGAGGACAAGACCGUCCGCAAACGCUCUGCUAACAAACACUGCCCUGUCGAGGAGCUUAUCUCUAUCAUGGCCGUUGACAAGAAAAACGAUGGCCAGAAGAAGAAGAUUGUUCUCCUUUCCGGCAUCGGCCGUACCCACGAGAAGAAGGCCAGCGUUGUCGCUGAUGCCGACAUCCGCAUAAUCCUCUCUCCGAGCGUCUGUGUCCACCCCGGCGUUUCUGAGGGCCUGAACAUCUCCUGUACUCCCCCAGGAUCCAAGAGUGUCUCGAACAGAGUCCUGGUCCUGGCUGCCCUUGGCUCCGGCGAGUGCCGUAUCACCAACCUGCUUCACUCCGAUGACACGCAGUACAUGCUCACUGCCGUCGGCAAGCUCGGUGGCGCCACCUUUGCUUGGGAAGACGAUGGCAAGGUCUUGGUUGUCAAGGGCAACGGUGGAGAUCUCAAGGCUAGCCCUGAUGACUUGUACCUGGGCAACGCUGGUACCGCAUCGCGUUUCUUGACCACCGUUGUAGCGCUGGCCAAGGAGUCGUCGGUGUCGUCGACUGUCUUGACUGGCAAUGCCAGGAUGAAGGAGAGGCCCAUCGGCCCUCUUGUCGACUCUUUGAGGACCAACGGCGUCUAUGUUGACUACUUGGAGAAGGAGGGCAGUCUGCCUUUGCGUAUCGGCGCUUCUGGCGGCUUCGAGGGUGGCAACAUCGACCUCAAGGCCACUGUCUCGUCGCAGUACGUCUCCUCCAUCCUGAUGGCUGCUCCGUAUGCCAAGAACCCCGUCACUCUUCGCUUGGUCGGCGGCAAGGUCAUCUCCCAGCCUUAUAUCGAUAUGACUAUUGCUAUGAUGGCUUCCUUUGGUGUCAAGGUCGAGAAGUCCACGACCGAGGACAACACCUACCACAUCCCUCGCCAGAGCUACGUCAACCCGUCUCACUACGAGGUCGAGAGUGACGCCAGCUCUGCUACCUACCCUCUGGCCAUUGCCGCCAUCACCGGCACCACCUGCACCGUCCCCAACAUUGGCUCCGAGUCUCUGCAAGGUGACGCGCGCUUUGCCGUGGACGUGCUCCGCCCCAUGGGUUGCACUGUCGAGCAGACCGCUACCUCGACGACCGUGACUGGUCCUCCCCGUGGCCAGCUGAAGGCUCUGACCGAGGUCGACAUGGAGCCCAUGACUGACGCGUUCUUGACGGCCUCUGUCCUGGCCGCGGUUGCGACCAGCAACGGCGAGACUGCCACUACCACCAUCAAGGGUAUCGCAAACCAGCGUGUCAAGGAAUGCAACAGAAUUGCCGCCAUGAGGGUGGAGCUAGCCAAGUUCGGCGUCGUCUGCCGUGAGCACGAUGACGGUAUCAUCAUCGAUGGCCGUAGCUACGAGCUCGAGACGCCCAAGGAGGGCAUCUACUGCUACGAUGACCACCGUGUGGCCAUGUCUUUUGGCGUCCUUUCUCUGGUUGCCCCUGAUGCCGUUCUCAUCCUCGAAAAGGACUGCACGGCCAAGACCUGGCCCGGCUUCUGGGACAUUCUGUCUCUGCAGUUCGGCGCCCGUCUUGAGGGCCACGAGCCCGAGACGCCCGUUGGGCACUCCGCUGUCAAGAAGACCAGUGCUAAGUCAAUGUUUAUCAUCGGCAUGAGGGGCGCCGGUAAGACGACGACGGGUGGUUGGGCGUCGAAGAUCCUGGGCUGGCCGCUUGUUGACCUCGACACUGCUCUGGAAGAGCAGGUUGGCAAGUCCAUUCCGGAAAUCAUCCAGAACCACGGCUGGGAGUUCUUCCGCGAGGAAGAGCUGAAGCUUCUCAAGAACGUCAUGGCCGAAAAGGGCACUGGUCACAUCCUUGCCUGUGGUGGUGGCGUUGUCGAGGUUCCUGAGGCGCGGGACCUCCUCCACGGCUGGAAGAAGGAUGGCGGCAACGUGCUGCUCGUCACCCGCGACAUUGAAAAGGUCAUGGAGUUCCUCGGCACCGACAAGACGCGCCCGGCGUACGUCGACCCGAUGAUGAGCGUUUGGUUGCGCCGCAAGGACUGGUACCGCGAUUGCAGCAAUUUCCAGUUCCACAGCCCGACGGUCGAGGAGACCGGUCUUGCCGCCACCCUGGAAGACUUUGCGCGCUUCCUCUCUGUCAUGACGGGAAGGGGCACGACGCUGCAGGACAUCAAGCGCAAGAAACAGUCUUUCUUCGUCUGUCUCACCUCGCCGCAGGUUGCGCCACUUGCGGAGAACUUGGACAAGAUUGUCGUGGGCUCUGAUGCGGUCGAACUUCGCGUCGACUUGCUUGAGGACCCCAACGCCACAGACGGCAUUCCGACGCAUGAGUUCCUCGUCGAACAGAUUGCUGUUCUGCGCUCCUGCAUCACUGUUCCCUUGAUCUUUACGAUCAGGACGAAGAGUCAAGGAGGCAAGUUCCCUGACGGCGCGACCAAGGAGGCUCUUGACCUUUACAGGCUGGCGAUUCGCAUGGGCUUUGAGUUCAUUGACUUGGAGAUUACCUUCCCCGAUGACCUGCUGCAAGAGGUUGUUUCCACCAAGGGCCACAGCCAGAUUAUCGCUUCACACCACGACCCGAAGUCGGAGCUGUCGUGGAGCGACGGUUCGUGGAUCUCCUACUACAACAAGGCGCUGCAGUACGGAGAUGUCAUCAAGCUCGUGGGCGUCGCCAAGUCCGUUCGUGACAACUUUGCUCUGGCCGAGUUUAAGGAGUGGGCGGAGAAGACGCACCCCACGCCUGUUAUCGCCAUCAACAUGGGCACGCACGGCAAGCUCAGCCGCAUAAUCAACAACUUUAUGACUCCCGUCACGCACCAGCUGCUGCCGGGCGCAUCGGCACCAGGCCAGCUCUCGGCGGCCGACAUCCGGCACGGGCUGUCGCUGCUGGGCCAGAUCGAGCCGAAGCAGUUCUUCGUGUGCGGAUACCCGGUGAGCCAGUCGCGGUCGCCGGCGAUGCACAACACGCUGUUCCGGGAAACGGGGCUGCCGCACCAUUACCGGCACGUGGAGACGAACAACGCGGCAGAACUGGCGCAGCUGCUGCGGCAAGCGGACUUUGGCGGCGCGUCGGUCACCAUGCCGCUGAAGCAGGAGAUGCGGCCGUACAUUGACAGCGUGGGGCCCGAAGUCGAGAUUAUCGGCGCGCUGAACACGAUCGUGCCCGAGGAGGUCACGGACGCGGCGGGUAACGUCUCCGUCCGCCUCGUCGGCCAGAACACCGACUGGCAGGGCAUGGUGCUGGUGCUGCGCAAGGCGGGGGCCCCCAGCGGCGCGGCGGCACAGGGCCAAGCGGGCCUGGUCAUCGGUGGCGGCGGUACCGCCCGCGCGGCCAUCUACGCCCUGCACGCCAUGCAGUACAGCCCUGUAUUCGUGGUCGGGCGCUCGCCAGACAAGAUGGCCGCGCUCGCAGCCUCCUUCCCCGCCGCCUACGACGUGCGCGUCCUCUCUGACGCGGCGGGCGCGGCCGCGCUCCCUCCCGCAGAGGUCCCGACGGUGGCGAUCGGCACCAUCCCCGCCGACCAGCCCAUCGCGAGCAAUAUGCGCGAGGUGCUGUGCGGCGUGUUUGAGGCUGGCGGGGCGGGGGCCGCCGCUCUCCAGAAGGCCCCCGGUAGGUUCUUGCUUGAGAUGACGUAUAAGCCGCCGGUUACGGCGCUGAUGCAGCUUGCGGCUGAUGCGGGUUGGCGCACGGUUAAUGGUCUGGAGGUCUUGGUUGGCCAGGGCGUGUAUCAGUUUGAGCGCUGGACGGGUAUUGCUCCGUUGUAUGAUGUUGCUAAGGCUGCUGUUAUGGCGGAGUAG